AUGUGCCGAAAUGAGAUACAAGUCCCAAGAAACUCGGGCGUAACCAAGGGCUGGUGUCUAGUAUUCCAUACUCAAAAUGUCACUAUUUUGAGCCAAGAAAAUUGGGCCUUUCCAUGCAAGAAAAAAGAAGAAGUUUGUCCUACAAAGACCGAAUACGUUGAUCUAUUUGGAAGUAAUACACUAGUAAAGAUAUAUAUAUAUUUUAGUGGUGGAGAGGCUGAUGUAUAUGGAAAUAGCUCAUGGAAUUCAAUGAGCGCGGCUCGGGUAACACGACAAGAUGGGCUACGAGCAUACAGUUCUACGAAUAUUGCGUUUUUCCUUGAUAGGCAAAACUAUAUGAUAGAAAAGGAGAGAAUCUUUAAUGACAAUCAGGGAUAUUAUGUCGAAUUAAGGAAUCUACUAUGGCUAUCAUUUUGUUUCUUAGAAAAGUUAAAUGAUAUUAAGCAAGACGUUUAUUCGUUUGACGGUCUGUUUAAGUAA